GUGAGUCCAGUCUUGAGCUGCAGCUUGGACAGUGAGGAGCUUAUUCUCCUGCCUCUCCCCUCCCCGGAAUGUGAUUGGAGUCAGUUUGAAUUUGCCUUCGACUAUUGCCGGGAGAGCCGAUGACCCGCGACUGAUAUCGAUUUCCCCCACCUGCCCUAAUCGGAACUAGCCAUGUCUCGCCCAAACGGGCCAGGUAUCGGUACCAACUCCGGACUGACCGAGCCCCCCACGGGCGGCGCGGAGAGAGCCGCCGCCGCCGGGGUAUCGGUUACUAAUCGGGGAGGUAUCGAAUCGAUUAGUCCCCGGGGAGGAGCGGGAGCGACGUUGCUGGAGUUGGCCACCGAUUCCGGGCUCUGGGCGAGGGGCAGGGGGGAGCCCAGCUCGGGUAUCGGCGCAGGUAUCGGAUCCGAUACCAACCUGACGGGCGAGGAGAGCCCGCCGUUCCUCACCGAUUCCUGGCUGGUGCCCCUGCUCUUCGCGUUGAUCAUGUUGCUGGGACUAGUCGGAAACUCGCUGGUGAUUUAUGUGAUCAGCAAACACCGGCAGAUGAGGACGGCCACCAAUUUCUACAUCGCAAAUCUGGCUACGACAGACAUCAUCUUCCUGGUAUGCUGUGUUCCAUUUACAGCCACACUGUAUCCACUGCCCAGCUGGGUAUUUGGAGACUUCAUGUGCAAAUUUGUUAACUACUUACAGCAGGUGACUGUCCAGGCGACAUGUAUCACGCUCACUGCGAUGAGUGUGGAUCGUUGUUAUGCGACUGUUUACCCUCUCCGGUCACUGCGUCACCGUACUCCGAGGCUAGCGAUGGCGGUCAGUGUGCUUAUCUGGAUCGGUUCCUUCCUCUUGUCCGUUCCCAUGGCAAUGUACCACAGGUUGGAGCGGGGUUACUGGUACGGGCUGCAGACUUAUUGCAUCGAAGCCUUUCCGACAGCAUCGCAGCAGCGAGCCUUCAUCGUGUACACGUUUCUCGCAGUCUACCUGCUUCCCUUGCUCACCAUCUGCGUGUGCUACACCAUCAUGUUGAAGCGAGUGGGCCAGCCCAUGGUUGAACCCAUCGAUAACAACUAUCAGCAAGUCCCCCACUUAUCGGAGAGGUCGGUCGCUAUGAGGACCAAGGUGACCAAGAUGGUGGUGGUGAUUGUCUUGCUGUUUACCAUCUGUUGGGGCCCCAUCCAACUCUUCAUCCUCUUCCAGGGCUUUUACAUCAACUUCCAGGCCACCUAUGAGACCUACAAAAUCAAAACUUGGGCCAACUGCAUGUCAUACGCUAACUCUUUGAUCAACCCUAUCGUCUAUGCCUUCAUGGGCGAGAGUUUCAGAAAGUCCUUCAAGAAAGCUUUCCCCUUUAUGUUCAGGAAACGAGUAAGAGACAGCAGUAUUGCCAAUGGCUCCAGGAAUGCAGAAAUGAAGUUUGUCACAGAGGAGUCUUAAGGUCUUGGAAGAUGACAAUUGACUUUGAUUAUCGAUAAAUCAGUUAUCGUUAACCGAAUGGCAAAUGGAAAUUCUUCGUCAUUGACUCGUAAUGCUUGGAAUUAGGUGAGCCAUAUAAUGACAUUUGCCAAGAUUCUAGAUAAAGACCUUGUGAAUGCUUUCCAUGUGUUGGAGAGUUCACAAUUCAGCCCAACAGCUCGGUGUAGACUCGAUUGGCUGAAGGGCCUCAUCUCCACUGUAUGAUUCUAAGUCCAUUCCCUCCAUGACGCAUCUAACAUACUGACCACCCAACCCCCCCCCCCCCCAUCUUGGAGUUUAACUAUUCCAAUGAUCCAUCGCAGCUCUAUUGGAGCUAUCCAACUCAACUGAUCUCUUGACAUCAACCCAACCCAACCCAACUCAGAGUCAAGGACAAACUUCCAGUCUUCGAGUGAGGCUUAUUGUUGUCAAAUAGUACAUACGUUGGGUCAACUCGGGGAUGAAUACCCUCCAGAUAUUCAUAACACUUCGUCAGAUAGAUUAGUUUAGAUUAGAUUCCCUACAGUUUGGAAACAGGCCCUUUGGUCCAACAAAUCCACACCGACCCUCCGAAGAGUAACCCACCCAGACCCAUAGGACCGGAGCUAACACAGGAGCCACAUUCCAAACUGCAAAACUCUAGAUUAGCCACGCGAUUAAUGGAUGGGAGGAAGAUGGUAAAAGUUGCUAACAGGCUCUUGGUUAUGUAGGGGGCAAGAGAGUUGAGCAUCAUUGACUCGUGCCUGAACAGACAAAUGCUGGGAGGUGACUCCCCAUCAGAAAAGAGGUUGCAGUGUAACGUGGAGGAUUUGCAUUAACAUUUGGUACCCUCUGCACUUUCAAUGUCAGUUAAUUUUUACUUUUGACAGUGUAGCUUCUUGUUGUAAUUUAGAAAUAUCCAAGUCAUUUUAUGCACAAUAAAGGAUCACAAGCAGCUGUGGAAAUGCAUGAUAAAAAGAGAUGUGUUUUCAGUGACGUCUGCAAUAUAGCUUUUGUUCAGGACACAGGCAAGAGUGCUUCAAUUGUUUUUCAAAAAGCUUGGGGUCUUGUUUUAACAACUGUUAUGGACCAGACCAAACCCCCUCAAAAUAUAUCAAGAAGGUAGCCUAGACCC